UGGUGCUCUGUGUCCCUCGGACACAGCGGACCACCGAUCACGGAAAGAGCUGAAGAUGUUGGCUCGGUCAUGUGAUCAGCUGUGUCCAAUCACAGCUGAUCACAUGGGACAUCUACACUGAUCAUCAGGGCACUGAUGAUCAGUGUGGCCUGAUGAUCAGUGUAGCCCCAGCAGUGCCACCUGUCAGUGUCCAUCAUUGCCUUAUAUCAGUGCCUCGUGCCAGUGCCCAUCAGUGCCACAUCAGUGCCACAUAUCAGUGCACACCAGUGCACAUCCAUGCCACAUAUCAGUGCCCAUCUGAGCUGCCUUUCAGUGUCACCCAUCAGUACCAGUCAGUGCCAUUUAUCAAUGCCAAUCAGUGCCACCUAUCAGUGCUGCCAAUAAGUGCCACCUAUCAGUGCCAGUCAGUGCCGCCUAUCAGUGCCAGUCAGUGCUGCCUAUUAGUGCCAGUCAGUUCUGCCUAUCAGUGCUGCAUAUCAGUG